AUGGAGCGUAUCCCGGUCGAGAUAUGGAGGAGAGUUUUUUCACUGGUUUGUUUACCGGACUCGGUGUUGUUUCCUGGUUGUUCCCGGCGUGUUCGCGCCCGCCCUUAUUCUCUACUAUGUGUUUGCACCCACUGGCGUCGCAUCGUCUCCGAAUUCCCUCAACUCUGGGCCUCUAUCUCCAUAAGUGGAGAUUUUAGCACCGAUUUUUUCCCUCAUCUUGACAACCUUCUCCGAAAGUCCAGGAACUCCCCCUUGACCAUCCGCAUAUCUUUCCACUAUUUUGUGGAUCAUCGCUACCUCAAACACGAAUACCAUGACAGUGCAGGGGAUUGCAUCGCUUUCAUUGCCAAGCACGCUCUCAACCGAUGUAGACACUUGAUCACCAAUUGCAAUCUCUGGGAAUUCAUCAAUUCGAGGGCUAUUGAUGUAUCAUUUCCAGCCUUGGAGUAUCUGGAAACCGACAUCCCGUACUGGUCCUCCGGCCCGUCUCUCAGCCUAGAUGCACCUAUCCUUACCCGCCUGAAGAUUAGAGACCCUUACUAUCAACCAGGCAGCGAUAAAUUCCUUCCCUACGGGAGUCUAACCUCCUUGGAAUUCGGAAGAAAUGACGAUAUAAAACCUCACGAAUUUAUCGUCAAAGUCCUUCCCCUCUGUUCCAACCUUCAAUCCUUAACGGUCCCUUUCGGGUUUGCUAGUAUUGAUCAUCACGGGCAUCAUUGCAUUGUUCCAGAACAGCCCAUAGGGUUCCCAUCGCUCAAACACUUACGGAUCCGGAUAGCAUGGUUCCGAUACGACCUCAUCUCCCUUUUUAAACACUUCGAGUUUCCCAACCUUUCCUCUUUCGAAAUAGAAUGGUCGGUAUCGUAUCGAGAUAGAUACUACAUUCCGCCUCUACGGGAAAUAGACCCGCACUUCCCUCCUGCUUUCUACCGCUCGCUUUUGGGAUUAGAAAAGCUCAAGUUGCGGUUCGAUGCCAUGGAUGAUCCACACGAAGACGUGGAUUACCUCACAUCCCUUCCAGAGAUCUUAGAAGCGACAUCUUCUAUCACGGAUUUGGAGCUUAUCCAAAACUCGGCUACAAUCCGCCAAUUCAGCGUUCUGCUUACCCCUCUAACCAUAGGCCCGGAUGGUCUUACCGUAGUUCCAAAGUUAUCCUCCCUAUUCAUCUUUCACGGUGCCACAAUUCCAUGUUUUCGUUGUACUCCGUCACUCGAAGCGGUGGCAGGACUGGAGAAGUGUCUACUCGAUAUGGUGGAGGGUCGAGCGAAGCACGCCAAAGCUUUCGACUUACGCUUGGAAUACUCCGAGUCUGUGUAUAGUACCAAGAAUGAGUGCGAUGAUCAUGGAAUAUCUGGGUUUUAUACGAGUAUAGAGAACCGGAUGCAGGCGUUGAAAGAGUAUCCAGGGUUGAAAUGUAGAAUUAGGGAGGCAGAAAAGGCGCAGUUUCGGGCAGUAUCUUCCUCAAGUUUGUACCAGCUCUGA